GUUAUAUAAAUCUUGACGUAUUACAUAUUUAUAUUUUAUUAUUUAAAAAUUGAAAUGAUAUACUAAAUAUUUUUUAUUUUGUUUUUUAGGAAAAUACGUAGACUAUAGUAAUUGUUUUUUGAAUAUUUAAAAAUUACAAGCUUUUAAUAAUAAUAUGUUGGUCAAGCGAUUUACAACCCAAACACAUUUUCGUCAUGUGUUAUUUCAACUAAAAUACUACUCUACUAAAACACACAAUAACGGUGUAAAUCUUGACUUUAUAGUAGUUGACGGUAAACAGUACACCAAAGAUGAGUAUACAAACGUUACCCCAAAAAUAUUAUCCUACAUCGGAAUGAACAAACACAACCAACCAAAUCACCCGUUAUUCUUGUUUAAAAACCGGAUUAUCGACUACUUUUAUGGUAAUUUUAAAGGUCGGACAGGAAAUCCAAUUUUUUCUAUGUAUGACAAAAUCAGUCCUGUCGUAACAAUUAAUGAAAAUUUUGAUUCACUGCUUGUUUCUGAGCAACAUCCAAGCAGAAAUAAAACAGAUUCUUAUUACCUUAAUGAACGACAUAUGCUUAGAGCACACGCUACUGCCCAUCAAUCCGAACUGAUUAAAAUAGGUUUAGAUAACUUUGUAGUCUUUGGUGAUGUUUACAGAAGGGAUGAAAUUGAUUCUACCCAUUUUCCAGUUUUUCACCAAGCCGAUGGUGUACACAUAUUUACACCAAACGAAUUGGAAUUAAUAAAUGGAAAUGAAGUAAAUAUAUUUGAUCAAUAUAAAAACGAGACUAAUGAUAAACAAGAUAUUUAUUCAAAAGAAGCAAGUGAAAUAGUAGUAAAUCAUUUGAAAAAUACACUGUUAUCGAUGAUUAAAGAAAUAUUUGGUGAAAAUAUUCCAUAUCGAUGGGUUUCUGAAUAUUUCCCAUUCACACAUCCCUCGUUUGAAUUAGAGAUUAAAUUUAAUGAUAAGUGGAUUGAAGCAUUAGGAUGUGGUGUUAUCAGGCAUGAAAUCUUAAAGAACUCUGGAGCUGGCAAUCGGAUUGGUUGGGCAUUUGGUCUUGGUUUAGAACGAUUAGCCAUGCCGUUUUAUUCCAUACCAGAUAUACGUUUAUUCUGGUCAAAUGAUUCAGGAUUCCUUAAUCAAUUUGUCAAUACUUCCAAUGAUGGCCGAAUCAAGUAUAAACCGGUUAGUAUUUAUCCUCAAUGCAUUAACGACAUAAGUUUUUGGUUGCCCAAAGAUCAAUCUUAUUGUUCAAAUGAUUUUUAUGAACUCGUCGGAGAAUGUGGUGGACCCAUAGUUGAACAAGUAAAGUUAAUCGAUCAGUUUCAACAUCCUAAGACUAAAGAAGUUAGCCAUUGUUACAGAAUUAUUUACAGACACUUGGAAAAAACUUUAACGCAAGAUGAAGUUAAUGUAGUGCAUAAACAAAUAGAAAAUAAUGUGACAAAAAAAUUAGGUGUAAAACUGAGAUAAAUCAGGUGAUUUUUGUUAAUUUAUUCAUCAAGUCUUAAAAGAAUUAAUAUUUUAAUUUUUAGUUAAUCUGUACAUAUUUCGUGUUAUAUAGUGUACAUUACACUGUUUGAUAGUUAUAAUUAUAAAUAUAUAAAAUACUUAUAA